AAGAGAUUAAAGGAUAAGGUUGCAGGGUGACAAAACGUAGCAGGAUCACUUGGAACUCAAAACUAAUCCCUACUGGGAGAAAACAGCACCCGUUCUUUCUGCAUUGUUCUCCAGUAGUCUAAGGACUAAGUCCAGCCGGAACACAACUCACAAGUGCUCUUGAAAGUCAGGUAUUAACCCUACCUACCAACAACCAAGCAUUGCUAUCCUGGUCCCCCUCAUGAUAGCUUAUGAAGAAGCAUGUGACUUCCCUCCCAGAGAUGAUAGGUGUUUGUGCACUCGACUCUUGAAGGCUUGGACCCCAUCGUCACAGAUGUUUCCAACCACAGCAUCUGGAAGGCUGUCUCAGGUAUUUAGUUCCAUGGAUGUUAAUGGAAAUUAAUUACAGAAAUAAGAAACCUGCUGGUCAAUACUCUUUUGUGACUUAUUAUUGACUAUCUCUUUCUGUUUCUUGUUACACCCCUUGUUCUCACAUAAUUACAAUUUUAUUACGGCAACCGUUGAAUGGCAGAGAAAAUGACCAGCUAGUUUUGAUCAAUCUGAUUGGAACUUCCACAUGCAUAACUUAUAUAUAUUUAGAUUACAAUGUCUGAGACAAGCUUAAUAGACCUGUGGCAGUGCCCUCUAUUCUUUACAAGUACAGUUGAUGUCUAAAUCCAAUCAAAGUAUGCAAGUCAUUCACAACUCAAUCCAGAAAGCUGUUCCACAUUUGUGUCUGCAGUGAGGAGAGCAACGCCAAUGAAGGCAAGGCAACUCAAAACCGAGGAAACCACAGACCUGAUAAAACUUGUCACUGGGAAGAGUGAAGCAGUAUAAUUGGUAUUUCCAUUUGAAGGGAGGAGCUUCUGAAGUACUGUUGUGUGAGUAAGCAUUCUCUUAUAAAAAGCAACAUAUAUUGUUUCAGAAAAGACUUCUUCAUUGGACACCCCACUAUUUCAAAGGGUAGAUUAUUGGGAGACUGCACUGAAUCAAGAUUUUGAAGAUUAAAAAUGUCGAUUUGAACAAAAAGAUGGCUCCAAAAGAGGCUGGUACAUAUCUGUUGCUAUUAACUGUUACCUUGGUCAAUGGACUUGGAUAUCAUAGAUAUACUAAUGUGAGAUGGCAUCGAGGACCACAAGGUCCACGAGGAUACCCCGGUCCGCCGGGUCCACCAGGAUACCCAGGAAAACCAGGUGCUGGAAUUCAAGGACCACCAGGCCCACCAGGGCAGCCAGGCCCACAGGGGCUGCCAGGAGUAGGGAAGCAGGGUGCUCCAGGACCACCGGGAAAGACAGGUGAAAGAGGCGACCAGGGACCAAAAGGCAACAUGGGAUCUCCUGGCAUGCAAGGACAGAAAGGUUCACCAGGUCCAAGAGGAUUUCCAGGGCCAAAUGGAUUGUCCAUUCCUGGUAAACCAGGUGCACCAGGGUCACCAGGUGCUACAGGACCAAUAGGUCCACCUGGCGAGAAAGGAGAACCAGGGGACCCUGGUCCAAUUGGUGAAAAGGGAGAAAGAGGAGUUGGAAUACCGGGCCGUGCAGGUGAAAGGGGUCCUCCUGGGCCACCAGGACCACAAGGAAUUCGUGGUGAAACAGGAUAUGGAAAACCAGGAGUGACAGGCCUUCCUGGAAAACCAGGAGAGAAAGGUGAAAAGGGCUCACCAGGUUCACCUGGAUUUUCUGGUGCACCAGGCCAAAAAGGGCCACCUGGGUUACCUGGACCACCAGGUAUUGGAAAGCCUGGAGAAGAUGGCACACCAGGGUUACCAGGACCUCCUGGACCCGAUGGUCCACCUGGUGCCCAAGGCAUACCCGGUGAACCUGGACUUCCUGGUUUUGGGAGACAGGGCCCACCAGGACCUAAGGGGGACCCAGGUGCUCCAGGCCCUGCCGGAUAUCCUGGAGAGAAAGGCGAGAAAGGUGCCACAGGCAAUCCUGGAGCCUCUGGACUUUUAGGACCACCUGGUCCAUCUGGGCCUGAAGGUCUACAAGGUGCGCCUGGUCCACCUGGAGCACCAGGGGCUAAAGGGGCACAGGGCUCAGCAGGCGCUCAAGGUUAUCAGGGACCAAAGGGUGAGAUGGGUCCAGGGGGUACCCCAGGCAAAUCAGGAAUUCCAGGAGAACCUGGUGUGCCAGGACCUGAAGGUCCAAUGGGACCACCUGGCCAAAAAGGAGCCAUUGGACCCAUUGGCCCACCUGGAAAAACAGGUGAACCUGGUGCUCAAGGUCUUCCAGGGCCACCAGGGUUUGCCGGUGAGGUUGGAAUGGAUGGGCCCACUGGACCUCCUGGUUCAAGAGGCCCUCCUGGUUACCAAGGACCUCCAGGAUUCCCUGGUGAAAAAGGAGAUCCAGGACCUCCAGGGCCACCAGGACUACCAGGUCUUUCUGCUGGCUUUCUUGAAAAGUUACCUGAAGGAGCACCUGGUCCUCCAGGUCCAGAAGGUCCUCCAGGUCCACCUGGCCCACCUGGUCCACCAGGGCCUCCGGGGGAAAGUGCACAGACAGGAAAGUAUGGGGGUUACAAUGGCUUCAUAGAAGGAGGUGUGGCAAAUUCAUAUCCGGCUUUUACAGCCAUCCUUUCAGAAUCCUACCCAGCAACACGACAACCAAUCGUAUUUGACAAAAUAUUAGCCAAUCAAAACAAUGACUAUGAUCCAACAACUGGAAUAUUUACAUGUAAAACACCAGGUAUCUAUCACUUCACUUACCAUUUACAAGUCAAAGGAGGAAAUGUUUGGGUUGGACUGUUCAAAAAUCACGAACCCAUAAUGUACACAUAUGAUGACUAUACAGAGGGUUACGUUGAUCAAGCCUCAGGGAGUUCUAUAAUACAUUUACGUGAAAAUGACCAAGUUUAUGUUGAGUUACCUUCAGUUGAGUCCAAUGGCUUAUAUUCUUCUGAUUAUAUGCAUUCAUCCUUCUCGGGAUUUUUAAUUAGUCAAACUAUUUGAUGCAUGUCAAUUAUAUUGGCAAUUCUCCUGGUCGCCCACAUCACCUACAAAUAUCCCAACCCCCACCGCAGCAACGAGUAGUUUCUACAUGUUUGUGGGGUGCUGCCAAUUCAAACAGAAUACUUUUCAAAAAAGCUUCACAACUAAAACGUUUUGGGUGGCUUGCUGGAUGGAGCCUGUGCGUGAACAUUUCCCACUCCUCUUCUGUCCAAGGUGGGUUAAUGUUGAAACUCCUUUCCACAGCACUUUAUCAAACUGCUCCAUUACUGUCUCCGGCUAAAUGGCAAUUAGCCUUUUCACUAUGUUCUAUAAAGUUCAGGGAAAAUAUAUCAUUAAAUUCAUAUCUAUUGCCCAUUGUUUCAAAGGAGAAUUAGUGCCAAUCAGUCAACUCCACCCUAGCAAAGAAAGACAGUAGAGAAUUGAUGUUAUUUCAAAUGUCUUAGUUAAAAAUGUUUCUUACAGAUUUUAUAACGAUCAAUCACAUAAUGGCUCACUUGACCAACUGCUCAAUGAUUAUUUUCAUCCAUAUCCCUUCAGAUAGAACCAACAGGGGCUUUCCAAAUAUUUACAACAUGCAACUAUUCCUCCUGGCAGCAAGAGGACCCAAAGUGUUACAAAGAAUUAGGCUUCAAGCAGCAAGUGCAUGUGUUGUGAAAUAAGCUGACAGAAAAGUUUGACUAUGCUAUGUUAAACUGAAAUAUCACAAUAGAAACACAUUUUUUAAAAAAGCUAGUACUUUAGUGUUUUCCACAUAGAACUAUUCAAAACCAAUCUAUUGUAAACCAAUUAUUAUUUAAAGAUUUGUCAAAUUCUUAACUUACAAAUGAAUUAUUCCAGAAUUAAUUCACAAGGAGGUGCUAUGGAUAAUAGAAACCCAUUUAUAACUAUAACAGGACUCAACUGGCAAUAUUGUUCAGAAAACAAGUAUGUUGAACCUUUUUUUUUAUAAACCCAAGGGCUUACUACUAAAAAAUAAAUUAAAACUGUAUUGAAAUGCAUUAAUAGUUACAAAACAUUUUAUUUCAAAAUGUGCAUAAAAAAUAAAAUUGUUUAUGAUGUUACUCUGAAUCCCGCUUGCUUCUAUUCAUCCAGUAUUAUAGAG